AUGGCUGAAAAAUGCAACUCGAAUCACAGUGUAUACACCAUUGACUUGAAUACCUUCACCAAGAGACUGCAGGCUCUCUAUGCAAACUGGCGCGAGCACAAAAACGAGCUAUGGGGUUCGUCAAAUUACCUUGUCGUGGCCACAUAUCCUCCUUCAGAAGAUUUGCGCUACUUAAAAUCCUCUUCCCUCAACAUAUGGCUGCUCGGUUAUGAGUUCCCCGAGACAAUCAUGGUUUUUGGUGACAAACAAAUCCAUUUACUGUGCAGCCAAAAGAAAGCGUCUUUGCUAGAGACCAUUAAAAAACCCGCUAAAGAAUCAUUGUCUUUGGAUGUUAUCAUGCACGUCAAGGCGAAAAACGAAAACGGGAGCAAUCAGAUGGAUUCGAUUCUCCACGCUAUCCGUUCGGAAUCCAAGCCGAAUGACCGUAAUGCCCCUACAGUCGGAUGCAUAGCCAGAGAACCUCCAGAAGGGAAAUUCCUCGAGACGUGGUCCGAAAAACUGAAAAAAACAGGUUUUGCACUGACCGAUAUAGCCAGUGGGCUUUUCGAUCUUUUUUCCGUGAAGGACAAAAACGAAAUCGCCUACAUAAAGAAGGCUGCGUACUUAACCGCCUUCACCGUGAAGAAUUUCGUGGUCCCGAAAAUCGAGCAGGCGAUCGACGAGGAGAAAAAAGUGACGCACGCCUCACUUACGAACGACACGGAAAAGGCCUUACUCGACCCUGCAAAAAUCGGCCUGAAACUGAAAGCUGAAAAUGUGGAUAUAUGUUAUCCUCCGAUUUUUCAGAGUGGAGGCAAAUUUGACCUCCGCCCAAGUGCAUCGAGCAAUGACGAGUAUCUCUACUAUGAUUCGUCCAGCAUCAUCAUCUGCUCUGUCGGGUCCCGCUACAAUAACUACUGCUCGAAUAUCGCCAGGACUUACCUUAUUAACUCGGAUGCAGUGCAGAGCAAGGCGUAUAGAGUCCUUCUUUGGGCCCAUGAGGCUGCUAUUAUUGCAGUGAGGCCCGGGAAAAAAGCCCGUGUAAUCUACGAGGCUGCUCUCUCAGUGGUGAAAACCGAUGCCCCUGAAUUUCUCCCAAACCUGACGAAAUCUGCCGGGACAGGCAUCGGUCUCGAGUUCCGUGAGUCUGGGCUGAGUCUCGAUGCGAAGAACGAGAAAGUGCUGAAAGCUGGGAUGGCACUUAAUGUUUCGAUCGGUUUUCAGAAUCUAGAGGCGAAGACGACGAAAAAAAACCCGAAAGCCCAGAAUUUCUCGAUGCUGCUCGCCGAUACGGUUCUCGUGACGGACGGCGGACGUGACGUCGCCACGUCAGCCAGCUCGAAAUCAUUUAAGGACGUCGCUUACUCGUUCAACGAAGAAGAGGAGGACGAUGUUGACGAGCCGCUGAGAAAGAAAGCAAAGUCUGAAGAAUUCGUGUCCUCCUCCAAAGCAACCCUCAGAUCCGACAACGGUGAGCUGUCCAAGGAGGAGCUCCGAAAGCAGCACCAGGCAAAACUUGCUUGCCGGACAAACGAGGAGACUGCCCGGCGCCUUGCCGGAGUUGAGUCGGGUGGUGUGAAUGCUCGGAUUGCAUACAAGAGCAUGAAUGAGCUCCCGUUUAUGCGAGAUAUGAUGACGAUUCAAGUCGACCAGAAAAACGAGUCCAUCCUUAUUCCCGUAUACGGCUGCAUGGUCUCUUUCCAUGUGUCGACUGUGAAAACCGCCACAAGCCAGCAAGACACGAAUCGAAGCUGUUACGUUCGUAUCGUAUUUAAUCUUCCCGGAACAACAACCCAUCAGAGUGCCGUUUACCUGAAAGAGAUCUCCUUCCGGUCAAAGGACUCGAGGCACAUAAACGAGAUAGUCCAGCUGAUAAAGACGCUCAGGCGCAACGUGAUGGCUCGGGAGUCUGAGCAAGCUGAUCGAGCUACCCUUGUCGCCCAAGAGAAGCUCGUUUUACUCUCCGGGAAAAAGUUGAAGCCGAUAAAGCUGCACAACCUGUUUAUACGCCCCGCGUUCGGGAGGAAACUGACCGGAACACUCGAGGCACAUCAGAACGGUUUUCGUUACUCGACUUGUAGAGCUGACGAGCGUGUGGAUAUAAUGUACGGCAACAUAAAGCACGCGUUUUUCCAGACGGCCGAAAAGGAAAUGAUCACCCUCGUUCAUUUCAAUCUCCACGACCAUAUAAUGGUUCGGAACAAGAAGACUAAAGAUGUCCAGUUUUACGUGGAGGUCAUGGAGACGGUCCAGAAUAUUGGGGGAAGGAAAAAGUCGGCAUAUGACCCAGACGAGAUUGAGGAGGAGCAGAGGGAACGUGACCGAAAGAACAAGAUAAACGCGGAUUUUCAGCAAUUUGUGGGCCGGGUGAAUGAGAUGUGGGCCCAGGCCCAACUACGUAGCCUGGGCCUAGAGUUCGACCAGCCCGUGAGAGAGCUCGGUUUUCAUGGAGUUCCCUUCAAGUCGUCGGUUUUCAUAGUUCCCACCUCGGCCUGCCUUGUUGAGCUGAUUGAAACCCCCUUCCUUGUGAUUUCGCUUGACGAUAUCGAGAUUGUUAACCUGGAGCGGGUCCGGCUGGCCCAGAAGAACUUUGACAUGGCGAUUGUGUUCAAGGACUUCAAAAGGGACGUGAUGCGGAUUGAUUCCAUCCCGUUCAGCUCGUUCGACGGGAUUAAGGAGUGGCUGGACACGACUGAUAUCAAGUAUUACGAGAGUCGGCUUAACCUCAACUGGCGUCCGAUACUGAAGAAGUUUACGGAUGACCCUCAGGAGUUUGUAAAUGAAGGCGGGUGGGAGUUUCUGAACAUGGAAGGCACGGACUCGGAUAACGCGGAUGACUCGUCCGAAUCGGACCAGGGUUACGAGCCGUCGGAUGUUGAGCCCGAGUCGGAGUCUGAGGAUGAUGAUGAUGAUGACUCGGACAGCGAGGCACUUGUCGAGUCUGAAGAUGAUGACGAGGAUGAUGACGUGGAGGAAGAGGGGAAGACAUGGGAGGAGCUGGAGAGGGAGGCUAGCGAUGCAGAUAGGGAGAAAGGGAAUGAAUCGGACAGCAAAGAGGAGCGAAGGAGGAGAAAGGUGAAUGCAAGAGAAGGGUCUUCGAAGAGAAUGAGAUUUAGGUAG